UGUGAGAAUAAGUAUCUGUUUUGAGGAUUAAGUAUGUAAUUAAGAGAGUGAGAGAGCAAGGAAUAAGAGAGUGAGAGAGCAAGGAAGUGGAUCCUUAAACCUAUGAAGGUUCCUAUUUAUAGCCGGAGUGGUGUGGAAGGAGAUGAGCUGAUGGGCCUUGGGCUUAAAGUCAACUACAAGGAAUAUUCGCUUUGUCCCCUCUGCUAUGACCGUUGGUGCUUCUAAGCGAGGGGAGAGCUGGCGCACGUCGAUUGGAUCUACGUGGCCUGACCGUUGUCCUUGUCGUCUGUUCAGUCAUCAGCGGCUAAGUGGAGAUCGUGGUGUAGUUGUCAUCGCACGCUGAUCGGUGCCACGUAAGCGUCCUUGUGUACCUUCUUGUCUCAUGUACGAUUGUCAAUCGUGGAGCAUGAUCGGAUACAACAUGUUGGACGCUCAUUGGUCCAUUGUUUUGCCACUUGUACCUUUGGUACUUGUCCUUAGAUUAUCUACGCUUAUGUCCUCCGCGUGGCUACUAGGAAUGUCCCAUGCAGCCGGUGCAAGGUCCAGGAAGUGAAGGUUUUCAUCCAGGCGUGCGGAGCUCUGGGAGCGCGGGCUCUAAGGGCCCUGGAUCCGGCGCAGCCCCGACGUCUGUUCAUGUUGAAAAGACCGAAAAAGAUCCGGAUCCUAAGAAGUUAAUCCUGAAAAAUGCUUCCAAGAGGUCUCGUGAAGAGACGAAAUCUGAGGCUUAUCCUGCUGCUAAGAAGGUUGCUGGCAGCAAGCUUAUUGGAAAGAAAGGGAGCCUAAGGACUCAUUAUUCUGAAGUCUUACCGGGGGUGAUUACUAAGAGGCCAGUUGCGCGACCUAAAACAACUGUCUCCCCUCCCAAGACUGCUGCCGGUGAGAAAGACGUUGAAGCUUCUAAGGCUGGGAAGCAGCCAAUUGAUACAACUUCGGAGGUCGUGGAGAUUCCAGAGGUUGUGAAGACUGCUGGGUUUGAGCAGCCUAUCUUCGAGCGUAUGGAUACAGAAGCGCGGGUUGAGAAUCCGAUCGUGCAGUAGACUCCCUCCAUCCAGAUAGAAAAUAUUGCAUCAACUGCUGGGGGUCUGGUGGUGAUACUCAUGAAGAUGAGCACGUUGGGACCUAGAAUGUUGAGGGGAAGGGCGCGAGCGGCAGAAAGGAUAGCCCGCUCAAGAAUCGUAUACGGGAACCUUCGCCGAUCUGGCCUGAAGAUACAUUGGGCGACAUCUAUUACAAGUCAUAUGAUGAGGUCGCACCAAUGAGAUCCAUGCCCCGGUUUGGAAGGUAAGGCAAGGUGAUACCUUUGCCAAUUUUGCUGCAUGUAGGGGUUCAUGGGGGCUUUCCCCCACGUGAAGUGCAUCAUCAACGAGACCGUGGGCAUGAUUCUCUGUAUAGAGCGCAUAUUUUUGCCCAGGCCAAUUCCACUUCUACAAGUAAUAAAAUUACACGUGAAUGGCGCACAAUGUAUCUUGAACGCUCUAGCUGGGAGAAGCAUCGGGAGCGAUUGUGUGACAACCCUCAUAAAU